UUAAGGACAUGUUGACUGACUUUGAUGAAAAACAUGAUGAAUAUUUAAUAUCCCUUCAGCAGAGAAACCGGCUACUGGGACGUUUAAAAAGAAAGGAUGCAAUACAAAUCAAACUGGAGCAGUUAGAACAAGGAUUUUCUCUGUAUCUGAAUGGAGCUAAUUCAGAGCUGAGAAAUCACCACAGAAAAACCGACUCACGUGGCUACCUCAAAAAUGAGACAAAGACCACCAGGACAAACACAGCCCAGCUAGAAGAGAGUGAGUUGCAAGAACGCAGCACACAGACUGCACCAAGCAAAAUACAGCGCAAAGGUUGGCUUCAGAAAACUGUGGAGAUUAAAACAGAAAGAGGGGCUAAACUCUGCAUUAAACCUCCUCUUGAGUACUCUGAGGAUUUUGAACCUUAUGAAAGCUUGAACAUGGAUACAAAUGCUGAUGAUCCUCUCCAUUACUCCCAGAAAUUGAGAAGAAGCUUGCAACUUGGUAUAGAAGAGAAAAGGGUGGAAGAAGACUCUUGUAGUGAUGAUUAUGACUCUGUUGAAGAGGAUGUGUGUUCAGAACCACCUUCCACUGAGGAAACAAUUACAGGCUUUGGAGGCCUUCAGUUGCAUAGCAGUAGAUCGCUGCAGCAAGAAGCUUCUGAGUGUCAGGAUGCUGGGAGAUGCUCUGGCCUUGAUUCUGGUGCCCUUACUGUGUUGGAGUUCAACCAGGAUCAAAGUAGUAAGUCUCUGUAUUAUGCAGUAGUACAGUACUGUAAGAGACCAUUGAGUCGACUGGAAAGACCACUUUCAGCAACUCGAAAGAACGUGUAUGAGAAGGAUCCUGAUCUCUCAGUUUCAGCUGUGGUUAAAGCAAUGCAGAUUGAAAGCAAAGUCUUGCAGAGAGACCUGCAAAGGCAGACAGUUUCCACAAGCCCUCAAAAGAAAUUUUCUGUUUCAUCUGUUGUUUCUGCAAUGGCUGAACCUCCAGAAAAAAGCCAAAUGAGAACUACAGUCACAAAAGCUGCUGAGACAACUUGUCCUUUUGGAAGCAGACAACAAAAGAAACUUCUGGAAGUCCUUCCGGAGCCUGAGAGCCAUUCUGCCUGUGAUGAUGACAUACUCCUAUCUGAUGACAAAUCUGAAGUAGAUUCCAUGUUGAGAGAGAAGAUGACAACCGGUAUAGAAGUACGUGAUGCCAUUUAUGUGACUAUGGAACUUCUUUCUAACUGGGGAAAUCCAGUAAACGUGGGCCUCAGCGAGGUGGAAUUCUUUGACUUACACAAUGAAAAGAUAUUUGUGUCUCCUCAUGAUGUGGACAUUCGAAAUGCUGACAACGCAGGAGACUUGUGCUGCUUGGUCAAUAAGAACUUAAAUACCACGAAGGAAAGCUUCCUUUGGAUGUGCCCUUUCCAUCCGCCCAUCCAACUUUACUUCGUUAUCCGCAAUCCCACCCGGUCACAUGACUUUGGUAUAUCCAAGAUCAAGAUUUGGAAUUACAACACAACAACUCCUAGUGACCUUGAUGUUGGAGUAAAGAAGGUGAAGUUAUAUGUUGAUGAGAACCUUGUAUUUGAUGGUGAAUUAGAGAGAGCCUCUGGGGAUCUGCUCACCGACCAUAGCACUACAAUUGACUUCACAGAUCACAAGCAAGAUAUCUCUGCGUAUUCUUCAAAUGAAAGGAAAGAAGCAAAUGCACCUGGAGUCACAGAGAAGAAAGCAGACUUAUAUUUUGAAUGCUUACAGUCAAACAGUACUUCACUAAACUGGGAAUCUCUGCCAGAAGAAAAUCUUCUUGAGCAUAAUAUGAACUCCAUCAGCUUUACAAAGAAAAAAUUGCCUGACUUAAAGGAUAAUGUAAAAGUGUUACCAUCUGCAGUUUGUAUAAAAGAUGCCAAAGAGAAUGCAACAGUACAAGCAGUUAUGGAGCAAGUUGAGUCUGAUGAUGCACUUACUCUGAGCGAGCAAAUGGAAAAGCUAAAAGGAAGAAAAUUGUCUGAUUCUACAGGUGCUGUUCCUUCUUGGUUACAGUCAUCUUCCCAUGUUACAGAGAACAAUCAAGUUCCUUCCAGUAAGCAGAAACCUCCCUGGCUUGCUACAGAACAUUGUUCAGGCUUGAGAUUUCAAACACAGUCAGAAGAAAUAAUGAAAAACUUUUCAGAUCUGACUAAUGAGGGUGUCAAAUGUCAGAGAAAUGAACUAGGAAGAUCCAAUAGCAGAAAUGCAAAUGGUGAUCAGAGAUCACAAAUGCUAACCAGAAAGGAUGGUGAUGUGGGCUUGGACAUACUGGAGCAACUUUCUAACAAAAGUUGCUGCAGCUUACAGAACCCUACAAGUGGAAGGAGAAGUGUCAGUUGUGUGAAAAAGGAGGGAUUAAACACUAUAAAUCUUGGAGAAGAUGAUUCCACACUUAAAGAUGAAGACUUUUCUGUCAAGGACAUAGCAACCUCUGGAGCAAAGUGGCGCAAUGAACAAGAACACACUCUGCAGGAGUCGUGGAACUCCUUGGUACAGUUUAAUUAUUCCCAUCGUGGCCGAAUCUCUAACAUGGAUUUUCAAGGGGAUAUCUUCGAUGAGUUUCUCCAUCAACAGAAAAUCAACCGGCCUGGAGAAUAUAAGCAAAUGAGAAAAGAGGGACUAGAAAUGCUACCAAAAAGGCAAGAAGAAGAAAAUUCUGUGGAGGCACAUGAUGGAAAUGAUUUUAAAAUUCCUGUUUUGCCUUAUGGACAACACUUAGUGAUAGACAUUCAAACAACAUGGGGAGACAGACAUUAUGUUGGUCUUAAUGGAAUUGAAGUUUUCAGUUCUAAAGGAGAGCCUGUUCAGAUUUCAAAAAUAACAGCUGAACCACCUGAUAUAAAUAUUUUACCAGCUUAUGGCAACGAUCCCAGAAUAAUAACCAACCUAAUUGAUGGGGUAAAUCGGACGCAGGAUGAUAUGCAUCUCUGGCUAGCACCAUUUACCCCUGGAAAACCUCACUUUAUCUUUAUCGACUUUGUGAAUUCCUGUCAAGUAGCUAUGAUUAGGAUUUGGAAUUAUAAUAAAUCUCGCAUACACUCUUUCAGAGGUGUGAAAGACAUUGUAAUGGUGUUAGAUGAACAAUGCAUCUUUAAAGGAGAAAUUGCAAAAGCUUCAGGAACCUUGUCUGGAGCUCCAGAGCACUUUGGGGAUACUAUAUUGUUCACUACUGAUGAUGAUAUUCUUGAAGCUAUAUACUGCUAUGAUGAGACAUAUGAUGGAGAAAUGGAAAAUGCCAGCUCCUUGAGAUACGAGGAAGAGCUAAAGAGGCCAACAACUGCUGAUAGGGAGGGAGAUGAAAGACCUUUUACUCAAGCAGGGUUAAGAACAGAGGAUCAACAGGUAGGGACCUCUGUUCAAGAGCCAGACCCUCUCUCUGAAUGUAUACCCAAGCAAUCAGGAAUAUUUACUGGAAAAUGCCUGCAGCUGAACUUUACCAUGACCUGGGGAGACUGUCAUUACCUUGGACUGACAGGUCUUGAAGUGAUAGGAAAGAAUGGUCGCGCAUUAAGCAUAAGUACAGAACAGAUUUCUGCUUCACCCCAAGACUUGAAUGAUCUGCCAGAGUAUACAGCAGAUUCCAGAACACUAGGAAAGUUAAUAGAUGGGACUAAUAUCACAGUAGAGGAUGACCAUAUGUGGCUCAUUCCCUUCUCUUUUGGAGAAGAUCAUCUGCUCACAAUCCAUUUUGAUAAAACUGAAAGUAUUGCGGGGCUUCGCUUUUGGAACUAUAAUAAAUCUCCUGAGGAUACCUUUAGAGGGGCUAAGGUCGUCCAUGUGUUGCUGGAUGGUCAGAGCAUCUCCCCACCGGAGGGCUUUCUUAUCCGCAAGGGACCAGGCAACUGCCAUUUUGACUUUGCCCAAGAAAUUCUCUUUCUUGACUAUCUGCAGCCUCAGCUGAUUAAUAAAGUACAAAGGAGAACUGGUUCACAGAGAAUGGAACAAGCUAGUAUGGACUAUGAAGCACCGUUAAUGCCAUGUGGUUUUGUCUUCCAGUUUCAGCUUCUGACAAGUUGGGGUGACCCAUACUACAUUGGUUUGAAUGGACUUGAGCUGUUCAAUGAACACGGAGACCAAAUCUUACUAACUGAAAACAAUAUUGCCGCUUUUCCAGAUAGCGUGAACAUUUUAGAAGAUGUAUCUGGAGACAUCCGAACUCCAGACAAACUAAUUGACAGAGUAAAUGACACAACCGAUGGCAGACAUAUGUGGCUUGCACCAGUUCUUCCUGGUUUGGUGAAUAGGGUAUAUGUAAUUUUUGAUGUCCCUACUACUGUGUCAAUGAUCAAGUUAUGGAAUUAUGCCAAAACGCCUCAGAGAGGUGUGAAAGAAUUCGGUCUUCUGGUGGACGACUUGCUUGUCUACAAUGGGAUUCUGGAUAUGGUGAACCAUGUAGUAUCAGGCAUCCUACCAACCUGUGAGCCAGUGGUCCUGUACCAUACCAUUCUUUUCACAGAUGAUGAGAAGAUUUGCCAUCAGGAGAAGAGAACUGUUAUUAGCAAUCAUGUGGGAGAUCAGGAUGUACGAAUGAUGAAUGAGAACGAGAUUGUCACAAGCAGCAAAAAGAAGCAGGCUGUGGCUGAUCCAGCUUUGCGUCCAAAAACCUGCAUAUGUGAAAAAGGACAGCAGAGGAGGAAAAGAUAA